AGUGCUACAUCCCUCUUUUCGUUCUUUUGAGCUGAUGCAAUUUAUUGUGCAUAUUGCAAAGUAUACCGAGUUAUAGUUAUUAGUUACAACGAAAAUUAUUAGUCAUUGAACAAACGAGAUGGCUGAGAAGCAGUUCUCCGAAUUAACUUUGAGUUCGCUCUUCACCUCGGAGAAGCGUGGCAGCGAUGAGUCCGGCGAUGGCAGCGAGGCGAAGCCAUUUAAAACCCUUUUGCGGGCGAUGCGUCAUGCCGACAAGGAGCCCCUCUUCACCUUCUAUGUGGACAGCAAGGAUCCCGAAGCGACCGAACUCUUUGAGCCGGCUACCAAAACGCAGCUGAAGAAAAUGCAUAAACUAUUCGCGCGCGAAGGUCAGAAGAAUGCGGGCAAGGAGCAACGCGAAGCGGAGGAUGCCGCGAAGCGUGAACAGAAUCUGGAGGAGGCACGCAAAAUCAAGAUCAGUGAGGAUCCCAGCUGGCCGGUGGCCAAGCGCAUUCGCAUUGUCGAUGGCGCCCAGGAGCGUGGCACUCGUGUCAAGAUCUAUGGCUGGGUGCAUCGUCUCCGCCGUCAGGGUAAAUCCCUGAUGUUCAUUACGUUGCGUGACGGCACCGGCUUUGUCCAGUGUGUGCUCAACGAUCUGCUCUGUCAGACGUACGAGGCCGUUGUGCUGAACACGGAGAGCUCGGUGCUGCUGUACGGCACUUUGAGUCUGGUGCCCGAGGGCAAAACGGCGCCGGGUGGACACGAAUUGAAUGUGGAUUAUUGGGAAUUGAUCGGCUUGGCGCCGCCGGGCGGCGCUGAUGCCAUACUCAACGAGGAGGCUAAUCCCGACGUUCAGCUGGACAACAGGCACAUCAUGAUACGUGGCGAGAACACCUCCAAGGUGCUCAAGAUGCGUUCGGUGGUGAUGCAGGCGUUCCGUUCGCAUUACUUUGAGCGCGGCUACACUGAGGUGACGCCACCAACGCUGGUCCAGACUCAGGUCGAGGGUGGCUCCACGCUCUUUAAGAUGCAGUACUUCAACGAGGAGGCCUAUCUCACGCAGAGUUCGCAGCUGUAUCUGGAGACGUGUCUGCCGGCGCUGGGCGAUGUCUUCACCAUCGCGCAGAGCUAUCGUGCCGAGCAGAGUCGGACGCGUCGCCAUUUGGCCGAGUAUACGCAUAUUGAGGGCGAGUGUCCGUUCAUUACGUUUGAGGAUCUGUUGAAUCGCCUGGAGGAUCUGGUCUGCGAUGUGGUUGAUCGUGUGCUGAAGUCGCCAUGGGGCUAUCUCGUCAAGGAGCUCAAUCCGGACUUUAAGCCACCAACUAAGCCGUUCAGGCGCAUGGAAUACGCCGAUGCCAUCAAAUGGUUGAAGGAGCACAAUGUGACCAAGGACGAUGGCACCUUCUAUGAGUUUGGCGAGGACAUACCCGAGGCACCCGAACGCAAAAUGACGGACACCAUCAAUGAGCCAAUUCUAUUGAUCAAAUUCCCAGCGGAGAUCAAAUCGUUUUACAUGUCACGCUGCAAGGAGGAUCAGCGUCUCACCGAGAGCGUCGACGUCCUGCUGCCCAAUGUGGGCGAGAUUAUUGGCGGCUCGAUGAGGAUCUACGACAGCGAAGAGCUAAUGAAGGGCUACGAGCGCGAGGGCAUCGAUCCCACGCCAUAUUACUGGUACACCGACCAGCGUGUCUACGGCACAACGCCCCAUGGCGGCUAUGGUCUCGGCUUGGAACGAUUCCUUUGCUGGCUGCUCAAUCGCUAUCACAUCCGCGAGGUGUGCCUCUAUCCACGCUUCCUCGACAGAUGCAAGCCCUAAGCAGCGGUCCUCUUUCCACAACGACUGCAUUUACGAUGAUAUGUAAUAAACCAUUCUUGCUUCAAGCUUCAAUCUUAUUAUAUAUGCAAUCAAAUUAUAUAAAUAUAAAUAUCAAAUUAUACGCAAAUCGAAAUCUCUGUAAACUGGAGAAUAUUCAAGGAGAUAUUGUCAAAGGCAACUCCAACUAUGCAAGAGCUGUUCCAAAAACUAUUAAAGAGCCAAUAAACUGAUUACACAACUA